AUGAUGUCUAGAAAGGGCAUGGAGGGUUAUAAAAGCUUGAUAAAGCCUCUGCUCGACGAUGAAACCCUACUUAAGAAACAUCGCCAGAAGAUCAGUCGGGAAAUGAUCCAGAGUGCACGGGACUUGUAUGAACUGUUGGCGGGGAAAACUCAUCAGAAGUUGUCGAAGUCACUUCCAGCACAGGAGCUUCCAGCAGAGGACCUUAAUAUUAAUAUGAAUUUCAAGAUAGGUGAGAAAGAAAUAUCCAAUAACCGGGAAAAGUUUGCUGAACUUCAAAAUGUCAUUACGAUCUGCAAAGGUGAAUCUAGUGAAGAAAUGAAAGAAUUCGAGUCGCUGAUGUCUGCUUACAACUUUUGGCAGUCUUCAGGACAAAUUUAUUCCCGGCCGCAGAAGUCUUCCGAAGAACCAGUUAGAAGGGGGGCUAAAAGAAGCAGCGGAAAAAGACUGAGUAUGACGGUCAGGGAGUCCAGACAUAUUCCAGAAACAUUUUUCCGGAACUUUCAAAAAGUUACACCCAAACCUUCUAAAGAGUCUGAGGAAUUUCAAAAGAUUAAACUCGAAAACGAAAAGCUUCGUGCACAGGUAGAUGAAUUAACCACAAGACUGAGCAAAAUCGCUAGCGAUAAACUCGCAGACGGAAAUCCAAACUUUGCCGAUCUGAGCGACAAGAACAGGCCAACAAAAAUAGGAGAGAAGUUCGGCUUAGUGUAUGACGAGGAGUGGAGCGAGGCUUUUGAGGAAAUUAUAACUAGGCAACAUAAAGAUGUGGAGGCAUACGAAAUCUUAAUGAAAAUUGUUAAGGUUGGAAUAGUGUUCUGUCAAGAAGUAGCGAAAUCACAAAUGUCUUCUAUCGAAACAGGGAUGCGUGAACCAAUGCUGCGUCCUCAAUGGUGCAGCAACGGAAAGGAAUACUCUGUGGAAGAGAUGGAGGCAAAUACAAGCUUUACAGCAUCAUUGAAAAAGUUUGCUAAGGAUUUCCGUAAAGCUACAUCGACAUCGUCAAUCAGCCCUCUGUGUACGAUAUUUAAAGAUGCCAAACUCAAAGAAAUUAUCGACUGGGAUGUGUACAAGAUGGACAACUUGAACAUUUACAUAGACGCAUGCAUCGAAUGCUUAUGGUUAAUGUGUGUGCAAGAUCCUCCAAUGCAUAUUGUGUCGUUAAACAAAGGUGACACCUAUAACCCUGCUUGUUUUAAUAUGUUUAUGACAAAAGGAAAAGAAGUGGAGUAUACGGUUUGGCCAGCUGUUUUCCUGUACAAAGACGGACCAUUGAUAUCCAAAGGAUAUGUCAAAGUCAAAUAAGCGUGUGAAAUGGUUAUGAGAAAAGAAUUUAAAAAGUGCAGCGCUAGCCAAAUCAAAUUAUUUAAUUCAUUUUUAAAGAUAUUUAUUUAUAUAAAUCUGAAUUAAUAUGGGAUAUCGAAAAGGUGAUAAAAACAACAGUUAGUUGUAUAUGGUUGUUGAAUUUCGACUUGUUUUAAGUUCACCUGAGUGAUCUUUUCUGAUCAAAGUUUUCCCGUCUUCCAUGCAUCUCUUUGUCUGCGUGGAGCCUGUACGUUUAUUCAACACAUUUUCAGCCUUUUCCCUUUAACCACUGGAUUAAUUUCAACUAAACUGAGGGGAAAAAAACACUAAGAUAAAAGAAAUUCGUAAGUUCUAUGGUCGAUACAGUGACCUUGUCAGCAAAUAAUUGUUAGGCCAUUAUUUACACACUGAAUUUCCGAUAUUUACCGAUCAUUACAAUUAAGGAGCACAUGGCUGGUGUGACCGGUCGGCGGGGGAUGCUCACUCCUCCAUGGCACCUGAUCCCACCUCUGAUGUUUUUGGAGGUCCAUGUUUGCUCUGCUCCCGAAUUGUAUUGUUUCAAUGGACUUUGAGUUGAAUAUUGUUCAAUAUAUCCAUAUUUCAUUCAAACGAAGGACAACGCAGCAAGAGAGAUAAGGGAGAUAGAUUAUAAAAAUGGCGGUUUUUCAAAAUCUUUUGAAAAUUUCUUACCUCCAAGUACCUAAUCAAGAGGUACUGUGAGCACUGAUCUCACAAAAAUGAUAACCCCCCUCCCCCGCCUCCCAUAUGAUUAUAACGGCAAAGUCCAUGUUAUGGUAUGGGAGACAGAUCAAAGAGUAAAAAGGGAGGUGCAAAAUGGCACUAAUAAUAAAGAUUCUGUGAAAGUAUCAUUUAAUUAUAUGCAGUGAUAUAGGAGGAGUUCGGAAAAGAAAUUGGUACUCCUCAGUAUUAUAGAAAGAAUAGCAGUGUCUUAUGUUCUGAUAUAAGAAACCCGAAAUAUGUGUCCGAUCAAAAGUUAAAACAGAAGGUCACAAAGGCAGUAUGUAACAAAGAUUCUGUGAAAGUCUUAUUAAAUUUCAUGAUGUGGUAUGAGAAGAGUUGUGGAUAAGAGAUGGGUACCCCAAGGCGUAACGGACGGACGGACAGACAGACGGACGGACUGGACAUCAAGCAUUCAUGAUUGUAUGAUUGUAAUAAAUUGAACUCUCUACCAAAAUUGUGAAAUUCAAGGCCCCAGGGUCGGAGGUCUAGUGUUAUAGAGGGGCUUUAUAGAUAGUUUUCGUAUGUUGUAUUGUCCCUUCGAGUUAUUUCCCUUGACCGCCAUCUUGGAGGUCAAACUAGUGAAUUUUCCUCUUUGAGCAACAAAUUUAAACACGUUAGACAGAAAUAUGAGGGCAGCUAUCAUUAAAAUACACAUGUACUAAAUUUGAAUUAAAGGAGGCUAUUGUUAACAUAUACUCGUAAAUGAGGCUGUUGUUAACAUACACUCGUAAGUAAAACUGUGUUAUCUUCACCUCGCUGCCCAGUAUGAUAAAAAAAAAAAUGGUUGAAUAAUGAAGGAAGUUGGGCUCGUUGAACUGAAUAUGGCGACCAACGGGAAAUAACUCUUUCUAAAAUCGCGUCUAUCGAAAACUAUCUAUAGAUAAUAUAGUGUAAAUGAGUAAAUUCUUUGAAAAUCUUCUCUCCUCUGGUAUAUUAAGCAGACUAAGUGUGUAGAUAUAAUGAGCAAGGGUGUCUUUUCCAAAAUUGUAAAAAAAAUUAUGGUUUCAUCUACAUGAUCAGGGGUUUCGGAGUGAGGAGAGAGCUCAAAUGAUCAUAUAUUGAAAAUGCAUUAAUUCUUCUCCUGGGUAUUAAUCAAACAAUUAAGAUACCCGUAAGUGCAUGGUUAUGAUAAACACGGGUGCCGCUUCCAAAAUUGUGAAAUUCAUGGCCCUUUAGUCAGGAGUUCUGGAGUUGGGUUGGGCUCUAUUGAUGCAUAAUUUUUUUUUAAUUCUCUGUUAGGUAGAAGACUGGUAAACUAAGUGCAUGAUUGGAAUAGCAAAGUUGCCUCUCCCCAAAUUUUGAAAUUAACGGCCCAUUGGUCAGGGGUUCUGAAGUUAUGACUGUACUGUAUUAUGAUCAUAAAAUGAAAAUUAAUUUUUGAAAAUCUUCCUUUUAGCACCUGGGUAUUUACAUGUAGCAGACAAACCAAGUGCAUAAUCAUGUUUAGCAAGGUGUCUAUUCCAAAAUUAUUAAUUUCAUGGUCAAUGAGUCAGAAAUUCCUGUGUUAGGGUGGGGCUGUAUUGAUCAUAUAGUAAAAAUGCAUUAAUUCUUUGAAAAUCUUCUCUUCUCCUCGGUAUUAAGCACACUAACUAGUAUAUAGUUAUGAUAAGGAAUAGUGCUUCUUUCAAAAAUAGUGAAAUUCAUAGCCUUUAGACAGGGUGGGGCGCUAUUAUGAUCAUGGAAUUUUUACGCUGCUUUAAGAGAAGUUAUUUUCCAUUGUUAUUUACUUAUGAAAAUUAAUCACUGUAAAUAAUGUUAUUUACAGGUAAAUUGAUUGAAAGAAGAAUAUAAGAAUUUUUAUCGUAUAAUGCAAAAAGUACUUUCAGAGUUUUUUAAUAGUCAAGUAGAUGUGUAAAUGAUAGAAGAAUAAAUAUUAAACAAAAAUUUCUUAAAUAUGUGCAUUAAAUAUUAUUCAAAGACCGAUGGCCUUGGAAUAUUCUGUGAUUAUUGUGUUUUAUUCUAAAACAUUGCUGUUUUGCUCUGUUUGGUGACAGCAAUGGCACUUGCAAAAAAAAAAAGAAAAAAAAAAGAUGAGGCCACAUUAGAGGACUAAAGUUUUACACAGAAGUAUGUAAAUUUAUACUAGAGCAAUGUUUCUACAAUGUGUAACAUUUUCUAUACUCAAUUAUAAUUGCUUAAGAUACUGAAUUUUGUAAAAUAUAUGCAUAUUUAUUUGUCAUUAAGAUUUGAUAACUCUUGUGAGCGUUGUGACUCUUGGAACUUUUGUUAACAUAUAUUAUGCAUGUAUUGAAUUAUUUUAUACUUACUUUAAGUAUGGACUAAUCUGUUGACAUACUUUUCCAGAGCAUUAUCAAUAAAAAUAUGAUUGGGCAUACAAUCAGGAAAAGUUGGUCAUUAAUUUUAUUUUCAUUGACCAAGAGAAUAUAGCAUAAUAAUAUUUCUUAACACACAUUCGUGUUCUAUGAAAUACAUGUAUACUUUAUUUUGAAAUCUACGACUUUCUUGAAAUAAUCUGCCUACUUGUCUAUAGCAGUUAUUGGAUUGUCCUGUCUAUGGGUGAAAUGUACAAAAUACGAUACUGUCGGCAUAUUUAUACUUCAUAUUCCUUGUUUUAAAUGUUCGUUUUCCAAGAUAUUGUUUACGCAUGCAUAUGCAGUGCCUAAAAUAUAACAUGUUUGCACUUAUGGAUUAUUGUAUUUCAUAUAUGUAUAAGUUGUUUUU